UGCGGGGUGGGGGGAGGCGUAGCAGGAGGAGGGAGGCGGGCGGGGUCCAAGCUGAAGCGGCUCGCGAGGUCCAUGGCGGUGGCGCCGCCGCCGCCGUCGUCGGCGCCGGCGCAGCAGCUCCGGCGGUUCCCGCCGCCACCGUGGCUGUCGUCUCCCUUCCGCCGCACCCGCUACCUGUCGCGCCCGGCCUUCGCCGGCGGAGGAAGGCAAGACUAUUCUCCUAGUUCAGGCAUGGGGGUUAGCAGAACUGGUGCUUUCAAGCUUGGAUUGUAUGCCAACUUAAAUGUAAAAAGUAGCAUACAAGAAUGGGUGGAUGAAACCAGGAGGAUAUAUUUCCUCAGAACCACCAAUAACGUCAAAAAGAACAUCUCUAAUGGCACUACUCCUUUGCGGGUUGGAAAUCUACGCCAUGACCCCUCAGAAGAUCUCAGGAGUUCAAACUAUCCUUCCUUGUAUGAUCUAAGAGAAAGAGGACCAUCUAAUUCAAUUGUAAAUAGAAAUGUCGAUACAGAUUUGGCUAAGCAUCCUGUGAUAUAUCAGUCAGCCCAUGCUGUGCCUGCCCCAUUCAGUAUUGUCAAUAAUGAUAUGAAACCACUGAACACACCUAAUGGCUCUAGUGCAGAAAUCCCUUGGCACGAUUCUCCCACGGUGGAUUCUUCUCUGCCUAAAGUUUCCAAGUCAGAGACAACUUUGGUGGUUAAUAAAGCUAAUGUUAUCCCUGACAAAAAGGAGCACAAACACAUUGUGAGGAAAGUGACUCCAAAUAUCCCAGACAAAACGUCCUUGACCAGUGAGGCAAUAAAUGCACGGAAGGUGCUUGCUGCCAUCUAUGACAAAGUUUUGGUUGUCGACAAUGUUGAGUCAGCUAGGAGUGUUGUUAAGCUGCUUACUACAAAGUACAGAGGCUUUAUUCAUGCAUGUGACACAGAGGUGGCGAAUAUUGAUGUCAAAGAAGAGACACCAGUUGGUCAUGGAGAAGUAAUAUGCUUUAGUAUCUAUUCAGGACAUUUUGAUGGACAGGCUGAUUUUGGAAAUGGCAAAACAUGCAUAUGGGUAGAUGUGCUUGAUGGUGGAAGGGAUGUUCUAAUGGAGUUUGCUCCUUUCUUUGAAGAUCCAUCUAUCAAAAAGGUUUGGCAUAACUAUAGCUUUGAUAGCCAUAUCAUUGAAAACUGUGGAAUCAAGCUUGCUGGAUUUCAUGCUGAUACAAUGCAUCUUGCACGCCUAUGGGAUUCUUCCAGGAGAACUGAUGGUGGGUAUUCACUUGAAGGACUAACAAAUGAUCAGAGAGUCAUGGACACUGUUCUGAAGGAUUUACCUAAAACUGGAAAGAUGUCAAUGAAAACUAUCUUUGGUCGGAAAAAGGUCAGGAAAGAUGGAUCGGAAGGGAAAAUCAUAUCCAUUGAGCCAGUUGAAAAGUUACAAAGGGAGGAUAGAGAGUUGUGGAUUUGCUAUUCUUCACUAGAUUCAAUGAGUACAUUAAAGCUUUAUGAAAGCUUGAAAAACAAGCUUGAAGCAAAGGAGUGGAUUUUUGAUGGUUGCCCUAGAGGAACAAUGUACGAUUUCUACGAAGAGUAUUGGCGUCCCUUUGGUGCCCUUCUUGUAAAGAUGGAAACAGAGGGAAUGCUUGUUGACCGUGCUUACCUUUCAGAGAUUGAGAAAGCUGCUGUUGCUGAACGAAAAUUAGCUGCAAACAAGUUUCGGAACUGGGCAUCUAAAUAUUGUCCUGAUGCCAAGUACAUGAAUGUGAAUAGUGAUACUCAAAUUCGGCAACUUUUCUUUGCUGGCAUCGAAAAUAGAAAUAAGCUUGGUGAAACUUGGCCACAAAGUAAAACGUUUAAAGUACCAAAUGAUGAAAACAUAGCUACAGAGGGCAAGAAGACUUCAAAGUCUCGCACGAUCAAACUUUUCAGUAUUGUGGAAGAUCUUAAAAUUGAUAUGUUUACCCCGAGUGGCUGGCCUUCAGUCAGUGGGGACGCAUUGAGGAGUUUGGCUGGUAAAAUACCCACAGAUCAUAUAUAUAAGAUUGAUGAUGACCAAGAGUUUGGUGAAGAUGGGAGCAAUUUGGAACUUACGGAGCAGGAUGUAGAAGACUCUUCCCCAUAUGGAACUGCAUAUGAAGCGUUUGGUGGAGGAAAGAAGGGAAGGGAAGCAUGUCAUGCCAUUGCUGCUCUAUGUGAAAUCUGCUCUAUUGACAAGUUGAUAUCCAGCUUCAUUAUUCCAUUGCAGGGAGAUCGUAUAUCAUGUAAUGAAGGGCGCGUUCACUGUUCUUUAAAUAUAAAUACUGAAACUGGACGUUUGUCAGCACGAACACCAAACUUACAGAAUCAACCUGCUCUUGAAAAGGAUAGGUAUAAGAUUCGCCAAGCUUUCGUGGCAGCUCCAGGAAACACACUUAUUGUUGCUGAUUAUGGCCAACUGGAACUGAGGAUCUUAGCACAUCUUACUAAUUGUAAAAGCAUGCUGGAAGCUUUCAAGGCUGGCGGUGACUUUCAUUCUAGGACAGCCAUGAAUAUGUACCAGCAUAUUCGUGAUGCUGUUGAAGAAAAGAAAGUUCUGCUUGAAUGGCAUCCUCAACCAGGUCAAGAGAAACCCCCAGUGCCAUUAUUGAAGGAUGCUUUUGGUGCUGAGAGGAGGAAAGCUAAAAUGCUCAAUUUCUCCAUUGCAUAUGGAAAGACUGCUGUUGGGCUAUCUCGGGAUUGGAAGGUUUCUGUUAGGGAGGCAAGGGAUACACUCAAACUUUGGUAUAGAGAUAGAAAGGAAGUUUCAGCUUGGCAAAAGACACAGAAAGCGCUUGCAUUUGAAAAAUGUGAAGUUUACACUUUGCUCGGGCGGUCACGCCAGUUUCCUAGCAUGACUCAUGCAGGUCCUGGUCAAAAAGGUCAUGUCGAGCGAGCUGCCAUAAAUGCACCUGUGCAGGGCAGUGCAGCAGAUGUUGCUAUGUGUGCAAUGCUUGAGAUAGAAAGAAAUGCUCGCCUCAAGGAGCUUGGUUGGAGACUCCUGUUGCAGGUCCAUGAUGAAGUGAUAUUGGAAGGGCCUACAGAAUCUGCUGAAGUGGCCAAGGCCAUCGUCGUAGAUUGCAUGUCCAAGCCUUUCUAUGGAACCAACAUCCUGAAGGUCGACCUAGCUGUCGACGCCAAGUAUGCGAAGAGUUGGUAUGCUGCCAAAUAGAAUCCACACCCAUUUCUUCUGCCCAAUCCAUGGCCAUAUGAACGCAUUCGUCUGCCUCAAAAGUGCAUCGCCGAUGCGACGAAGACUCUGUCCAACCGUCCAUCCUGACGAAAUACAGCGGACUGAGCCAGCAUUACCUGGGCAAGCCGCUCCAGGACUUGAAGUGCCACCCCCCAGCGCCGCCCACAAGAAGAUGACACGUCCAUUUUUUUUGGUGGCAGAGGCAGAGCAUCCAAUAACCGAAAGACUGAAGACUCGCUAGCGCUGGCAGUGGCUGAAUGUACACUAGUAGUAGUCUGUCUGAUAGCUUAGAAUGGAUGUGACUGUAGAUACCCAGUAGAUACUGACCUGUGUACCGAGACUUUAGGUACUUGAUCAUGAAGGAAGUGCAGAAGCAUGUCGUUUUUGUCCAUAAGACCUGUUCAGCAUGCUGACAUAAUAUUGUUAUUGUUAUUCGCAGUGGCAUUUUGUUUUUCCUGGUAUUUUUAUAUGCAGUAGCUAA